CGGGGUUUCCUACUAGUGAACAAUUACGUCGUAAUGGCAGAGGCCGGUUGUUGUUGGAAGUCUCUGGCGUGAAAUGCCAGAUUUUUGUUUUGAUUUUUGUUUUACAUCGCUUCUAACCAACAGACUCUGGCGUUGGCUUCAACGGCGCAGUGGAUUUACUCGAGUUUUGAACGGAGAGAAGAACCAGAAUUCCACAAGUUCUUUCGGAUUUACUUUUUCGGGGCUGUUCUCCCGACCCGGGAGCUACAGCUAGCUAGUACGGCAGCGUUAGCUAAAUGCCGCUGUCAGCACGCCAGUUAAAUAGAAAAAUACUGGACCUUUGAAGCGGGAAAUCAUAUUUUGAUUACCAUUUUUGUUGGGGUUUCUCAGAUAACACAACAACGUAAGGUCCAUAACUUGGAACAUUUCACUACACGUUUCCAGGUCUGCACUUUGCUCUAACAUGGCUGGACGUAGUGAGGAUGAAAGUGUGAGCAACAGCAGUGGAGAGUCAAGUAAUUCUGAUGAUGAGUCCGGCUCUGGAUCAGGCUCGGCUUCGUCCUCCAGUUCAGGCUCCAGCUCCAGCUCCUCCAGUAGCAGCAGCCGAUCAGGGAGCAGUGACUCUGGAAGUGGCUCGGACUCUGGCAGCCAGUCGGACUCUGAGACAGAGAAGUCUAAAAAGAAGGCAGAACCACAGAUUAAAUCAAACAUUGACGGAGCAGAGUUUUGGAAGUCCAACCCCAGCAUUCUAGCUGUGCAGAGGUCUGCGAUGCUCAGGAAACAGCAGCUGCAGCAGCAACAGAGACAAGGCUCCUCCAACAGCGGGUCUGAUGAGGACUCCUCCAGCAGUGAUGAAUCCGAGACGUCAAGUGGAUCUAAAAAGAGAAGAAAUUCAGGCUCGUCUGACUCUGGAUCGGGUUCUGGUUCUGGAAGUGAUUCUGCAUCCGACUCCUCAGCGGAGGAGAACAGUAACGAAACCACAUCAGACUAUGAGCCCAGUCUUCAGGUCAAAAACAGAAAGCCUCCUACUAAGAUGAAUUCUCGGAACGGGAAGAAAAGCAUCCAGAGAAAGAAAGCCUCGAAGGGUUCUUCUUCUGAGGAUGAGAAUAACUUUGCCAAGAUGGCGGCUGCCGGACCACGACGGCAGGCCACAGUCAACAUCAGCUACAAGGAGGACGAGGAGCUGAAGACCGACUCAGACGAUCUGGUGGAGGUUCUGGGUGAAGAUGUCCUGCUGCCUGAAGAAGAUGAGUUUGAAACAAUCGAAAGAGUGAUGGACUGCAGAAAAGGGAGAAAAAAAGCAAUAGGGAGUGCAACCACUGUAUACGCUAUAGAAGCAGACGGGGACCCCAACAGCAACUUUGAUCCUAGUAAAGAGGCUGGAGACAUCCAGUAUUUUAUUAAGUGGAAGAACUGGGCACACAUCCACAACACUUGGGAGACGGAGGAGACACUAAAGUUACAAAACGUCAGGGGCCUGAAGAAACUGGACAAUUUCAAGAAGAAAGAACAAGAGAAAAAGAAAUGGCUACAGACUGCUUCUCCAGAAGAUAUAGAAUAUGUCAGUUGUCAGGAAGAACUGAUAGAUGACCUGCACUCUCAGUACCAGCUAGUGGAGCGGAUCAUAGGACAUUCAAAUCAGAAGUCAGCUGCUGGUUACCCAGACUACCUUUGUAAAUGGCAGGGUUUGCCCUAUUCAGAAUGUAGCUGGGAAGAUGGUGCUCUGAUUGCCAAGAAGUUCCAGAAAUGCAUUGAUGACUACAUGAGCAGAAACCAGUCUAAAACCAUUCCAUCCAGAGAUUUCAAGCUGUUGAAGCAACGACCCAGGUUUGUACCCAUGAAGAAACAACCAUCGUACAUUGGAAGUGAUGGACUGGAGCUCAGAGACUACCAGUUGGAUGGUUUGAACUGGAUGGCCCACUCCUGGAGCAAGGGGAACAGCUGUAUCCUUGCUGAUGAGAUGGGCCUUGGGAAGACCAUCCAGACCAUCUCUUUCCUCAACUACUCGUUUCACGAGCACCAGCUGUAUGGCCCAUUCUUGUUGGUAGUGCCUCUUUCUACACUAACAUCCUGGCAGAGGGAAAUCCUCCUUUGGGCCCCACAAAUGAAUGUUGUGGUCUACUUAGGAGACAUCAGCAGCAGGAAUAUGAUCAGAACACACGAGUGGAUGCACGUUCACAGCAAGAGACUGAAAUUCAACAUCCUUCUUACAACAUAUGAGAUUCUUCUCAAAGAUAAGUCGUUUUUGGGCAGCGUUAACUGGGCCUUCAUUGGGGUGGAUGAGGCUCAUCGACUAAAAAAUGACGACUCCCUCCUCUACAAGACUAUGAUGGACUUCAAGUCCACUCAUAGGCUCCUGAUCACAGGAACACCACUGCAGAACUCCCUAAAAGAGCUCUGGUCUCUGCUGCACUUCAUCAUGCCUGAAAAAUUUCACUCGUGGGAGUUGUUUGAGGAGGAGCACGGUAAAGGCAGAGACUCUGGCUACACCAGUCUCCAUAAAGAACUGGAACCUUUUCUCCUGCGCCGCGUCAAGAAGGAUGUUGAGAAAUCUCUGCCUGCUAAAGUGGAGCAAAUCCUCAGGGUGGAGAUGAGCGCAAUCCAGAAACAGUAUUACAAGUGGAUUCUAACCCGGAACUACAAGGCUCUGAGUAAAGGUACCAAAGGCAGCACGUCUGGCUUCCUGAACAUCAUGAUGGAGCUGAAGAAGUGCUGUAACCACUGUUACCUCAUCAAGCCACCAGAGGACCAUGAGCUGUUCAACAAGGCUGAAGCUUUACAGCAACUGAUCCGCAGCAGUGGCAAGCUAGUCCUUUUGGAUAAGCUGCUUGUGCGUUUGAAGGAGCGAGGUCAUCGAGUUCUCAUCUUCUCCCAGAUGGUACGAAUGCUUGACAUCCUGGCUGAAUACUUGAGAAGCCGGCAGUUCCUUUUCCAGAGACUAGAUGGCUCCAUCAAAGGGGAGAUGCGGAAGCAGGCGUUGGAUCAUUUUAACGCAGAGGGUUCAGAGGAUUUCUGCUUCCUGUUGUCUACACGUGCUGGUGGCCUUGGUAUCAAUCUAGCAUCAGCUGACACGGUGGUGAUCUUUGACUCUGACUGGAACCCUCAAAAUGACCUGCAGGCCCAGGCUAGAGCCCACAGGAUUGGUCAGAAGAGACAGGUAAACAUCUAUCGACUGGUGACAAAGAGCUCAGUGGAGGAGGAUAUCAUCGAGAGGGCCAAAAAGAAAAUGGUUUUAGACCAUCUUGUCAUUCAGAGAAUGGAUACCACAGGAAAAACUGUCCUCCAUACUGGUGCAGCUCCCUCCAGUUCAGCGCCGUUCAGUAAGGAGGAGCUCUCGGCCAUUUUGAAAUUUGGUGCUGAGGAGCUUUUCAAGGAGCCAGAAGGGGAAGAGCAGGAGCCUCAGGAAAUGGACAUCGAUGAAAUCCUGAAGAGAGCAGAGACUCGUGAAAACGACCCGGGGCCGUCCACCGUAGGAGAGGAGCUGCUGUCUCAGUUCAAGGUUGCCAACUUCUCCAUGAUGGACGAUGAGGAUAUAGAUAUCGACUCUGAGCGAAGUCAGCGGAGCUGGGAUGACAUCAUCCCAGAGGAGCAAAGGAGGAGGAUGGAGGAGGAAGAGAGACAAAAAGAGCUAGAAGAAAUUUACUUGUUACCACGCAUGAGGAAUUGUGCAAAACAGAUCAGCUUUAACUCCAACGAGGGUCGGCCCAGCAGAAACAGGAGAUACUCUGGCUCCGAUAGCGACUCUGCCUCAGACCAAAAAAGACCAAAAAAACGAGGACGACCUCGGACCAUUCCACGGGAAAAUAUCAAAGGUUUUACUGAUGCUGAGAUCCGCAGGUUUGUCAAGAGUUACAAAAAAUUUGGAGGACCGCUGGAAAGGUUGGAUGCCAUUGCUCGUGAUGCUGAGCUGGUUGAGAAGUCCGAACACGACCUGAAGCGAUUGGCAGAAACUGUUCAUAACGGGUGUGUGAGAACGCUACGGGAAAACCCCUGUGGACCAGAGAAGUCAUCCGGGGGAAGAAGAGGGAAGGUGAAAGGCCCUACAUUCAGGAUUUCUGGGGUCCAGGUCAAUGCCAAACUCGUCAUCUCUCAUGAAGAAGAAUUGGCUCCACUCCACAGAGCCAUUCCUGCUGAUCCAGAGGAGAGAAAGAAGUAUAUGAUUCCGUGCCACUCAAAGGCUGCACACUUUGACAUCGAGUGGGGGAAGGAGGACGACUCCAGUCUCCUUAUUGGAAUCUAUGAAUAUGGUUACGGCAGCUGGGAGAUGAUCAAGAUGGACCCGGACCUAAAUCUCACACAUAAGCUGCUCCCAGAUGAUCCUGACAAGAAGCCUCAGGCCAAACAGCUACAAGCCAGAGCAGACUACCUCAUCAAACUACUCAGCAAGGACCUGGCCAGAAAGGAAGCACAGAAACAAACGGGAACAGCGAGUUCACGUAAGAGGAAACCCAGAAGUAGGAAGAGCAAAGCUCCGAAAUCAUCAAAGGCAGACGAGGUGACAAAGAGUCCUUCUUCAGACCUCCCAUCAGACAAGAGGUCGGAUGACGAUGACGAGGAUGAUGAUGACGACGACGACGAUGAAAUGGAUGAAGAUAAGGAGACGACCCAGGUAAAGGUCUCCAACAGAUGGACACGAGCAGAGAAGGUGAUUGUGAAGGAGGAGGAAGAGGAGGACAAUGAGGAGGAUGAGCAGGAUGCUUUCUCAUCAGGGGAGAGGGAUGGCAAAGAUAAAGAAACAAGAAAAGAUGUGAAAAAGGAGAAGAGCGACAGCUGUGACAUUAAAGAGAUAAUGGAGUCAAAGGAAAAGAUGGAGAUCAUGUCUCUGGAGCCGAUACAUAAACAGGAGGACGACACCGAGAAGAGUGAUGUCAAGCCUGAGGGGCGAGAACGCGUGAAGAAAGCCUCCGACCCGUUUGUCCAUAAAUCAGCCAACGCAGAAAACCUGCUGGUGUCUGACGAGUCCGAGGAGCUGGACCAGAGGACCUUCAGUGUGUGUAAAGAGAGGAUGCGGCCGGUGAAGGCUGCCCUGAAGCAGCUGGACAGGCCAGAGAAAGGCCUGUCAGAGCGUGAGCAGCUGGAACACACCAGGCAGUGCCUCAUUAACAUCGGAGACCACAUCACAGAGUGCUUGAAGGAAUAUUCAAAUCCUGACCUGAUCAAACAGUGGAGGAAGAAUCUCUGGAUAUUCGUUUCCAAGUUUACAGAGUUUGAUGCAAGAAAACUACACAAGUUAUAUAAACAUGCAAUCAAAAAAAGACAAGAAAAUGCUCAGGCAAUGGAGCAGAACACUAGAAGUCUGAACACUCACAGCUACAAGCAUGCCGAUGUGGAGAGACUGAAGGACAGCUGUCACCAUGAUGACAGCAGCAGGGACAGCUACAGCUCUGACAGGCAUCAGCCUUCAGCUCGACAUCACGAGAGCAGCAACAGUAAAGAGAGACACAGCUCAGAGUCUCACAAGAAGAGCACAGCAGAGGAACCCAGGAAAAGGUCCUACGCCUCCUUCAGCAACGGCAAAGAUCAUCGAGACAGAGACCACUACAGAGGAGACAGUCGGGACAGACAGGACAGCAGAUACUACGACAGUAAGCACAGAAAGCUGGAGGACCUCCGGUUCAGCAGGGACCAUCGGCUGGACAUAAAGGAUCUGUCCCACUCGGACCACCGCUCUUCUUACCGCUACCACUCGAACUGGCAGACAGAGCAGCGUGCGUCGGCGAGUGGGGCCCGCUCUCCCCGAGACCAGCGCUCACCUUGUGACUCUCGCUCGCCAAUGGGGUAUCACUCACCUUACGAAUACUCGUCGGACCACAGGAGUACACCAGAGCAGAUCUGGAGCAGCCGCAAGACAUAACAGCUGCCAGGUCUGCUAGCAGCAGCCAUAGACUUAGCAACACGGUAAAUGCCUUACACUGACUGCACCCUGAAGCACUGUGUAUCAGUUCAGCAUGACUGUUCAUCUGCUCACUUCAGCAACAGCAUCUGAGGACCCCGGAAACAACGAUUAUUUAAAAAAGAAAAAAAAGUUGCUUUUGGGGCAGCAAAUAAAAAGAUCUAAGUUUAUUUUUCUAUUUAAAGAGUUUAAAAUGCAUCGUCAGGCUUCACAAGCUUGCAACAAAACAUUUUUUUUUUUACUUUUGUAAAUUUUUUUCCCGACGCUUGAAAUGGACUCAACGACCCUAAAUGCUGCCUCAUUCUUCCCGACCCAUGACACUGGAGACUGUCCUCAGUGCUCGUCUUUGAUGUAAUGAUCUCCUUAUUUAACUGUAACUCAAUAAGAAAUCAGUUUUCACAGGAAUCCUGAUGGACGGACUCAGGCUCAGCACCUGACGUACCUCAUUUACAGCGUUCGCCAUUUUUCUUUAGCAGGUUUUUGUUUUUCCUCACCAGCGACUUUGUGAAUUAUUUAAUAACAUAUUUUAGGUGUAAAAAAAUCAGAAAAUGUUGUAAAUUGUACUUAAUUUUUUCUUUUGUGUGUGUGUGAGUGUAAUAGUGAAUCAGUGGACUGUUUCCUCAGGCUUUUUUGAAUUUACUAUGACUAUACUUUCCUUCUCAACUCAGGCUUUUGUCGUUCUAUGAGUAAUUUCUUUUUUCCACAAUAAUGCUUUCAGAAUGUAAUUUUUAAGGGAAUGUUUUUUAACAAUUUUUUUUACUAGUACUUAGUUUUGUUGUUUUUGUUCACUGUUUAUCAGUGGCUGGAGUCUGUUGUACAGAGUGGAUGAACACAGCAGGAGCACCUGUUAGAAAUGAACUGGAAUUUUUGCAUUUAUUGUUUUUCGUUAAUUUUUCCAAUUUUCCUUGUAGGCAAUAAUGUUUCUAUGCAGCCAAGUAUAUUGUUUGUAAACCACCCAACUAAAUGAAGUCACUGUUAAAGUUCAAACUUGUAAAUAUUUUCUAUAUUUUCAAAUGAAUUCACACUGAAAGUGCAUGAAUUGUUUUAUAUAGUUGUUUAUGAAACUAUUAAAAUCAGUCAC